AAAAAAAAACAAUUCUAGAAAGAAGAACUUGGCUGGGAGGCUGGGACUCACGCGUCCUCUCCUCCCCUCUCCCUUUAUGCAACUCAAACUGAAUCGGAUCGAUCCGCCACUCCACCCGGCCAUGCUCCUCCCUCCGUCGCCGCCUCCAGUCCAGCCAUGACCCGCGCUGCCCCAUGGCACCCCGCGGCCGCACCCUCCUCCUCCCGCUCGCCGCGGCCACUGUCCUCGUCGCCUCCACCAUCUUCCUCUUCGCCGCCGUCGGCGCGCGCUGGCGGCCGGCCGACACCGGCCUCCCCGUCCCGCCCGACGCCUUCCCCACGGCCGUGACCAUUGCUUUACCCAACGCCACCACAGGCAAAGAGCUCUCAUUUCUUGACGAGAACGGCCGCCCGGACGACUCCUCCUCCGCCUCAGCAUCCGGCGCCACCGCCGUCAGAUGCGAUCCCCGCGCCGCCGCCGUCAGGGUCUUCAUGUACGACAUGCCGCCCGAGUUCCACUUCGGCCUCCUCGGCUGGUCCCCGCCGUCCCCUGCCUCCGUCUGGCCAGACGUCACGGACGGCUCCCUGCCGCCGCCGCGCUACCCUGGGGGGCUCAACCAGCAGCACAGCGUUGAGUACUGGCUCACGCUCGACCUCCUCUCCUCCUCCUCCUUCUCCUUAUCGCCCCCCUGCGGCCGCCACUCCGCAGUGCGUGUCACCGACCCCCGCGACGCCGACCUCGUCUUCGUCCCCUUCUUCGCGUCCCUCAGCUACAACCGCCACUCCCGGCCCUUGCCGCCCGAGAAGGUCGGCAGGGACAAGGCACUCCAGGAGAAGCUGGUGGGGUACCUCACGGCGCGGCCGGAAUGGAGGAGGUUCGGCGGAGCCGACCACGUCAUCGUGGCGCACCACCCCAACAGCUUGCUGCACGCCCGGGCGGCGUUGUCCCCCGCAGUGUUCGUGCUGUCAGACUUCGGGAGGUACCCACCGAGGGUGGCCAGCUUGGAGAAGGAUGUCAUUGCGCCAUACAAGCACAUGGCCAAGACGUUCGUCAAUGACUCGGCCGGGUUCGAUGACCGGCCGACCCUGUUAUACUUCCGGGGAGCAAUUUACAGGAAGGAGGGAGGAACCAUUCGACAGGAGCUAUAUUAUAUGCUCAAAGAUGAAAAGGAUGUUUACUUCUCCUUUGGGAGCGUCCAAGACCAUGGGGCCAGCAAAGCUAGCCAAGGAAUGCACUCAUCAAAAUUUUGCCUAAACAUCGCCGGGGACACCCCUUCUUCCAACCGCAUGUUUGAUGCGAUAGUGAGCCACUGUGUCCCCGUUAUCAUCAGCGAUGACAUCGAGCUACCUUACGAGGACGUGCUGGAUUACUCAAAGUUCUCCAUCUUUGUCCGCUCGUCCGAUGCUGUCGAAAAGGGUCACCUGAUGAGACUGCUCAGUGGUGUAAGCAAGCAACGAUGGACAGAGAUGUGGAGUAGGCUCAGAGAGGUGGACAGACAUUUUGAAUACCAGUAUCCAUCCCAGAAGGAUGAUGCGGUCCAGAUGAUCUGGCGGUCCUUGUCUAGAAAGGUGCCGUCAAUUAAGCUGAAGGUUCAUAGAUCUGGAAGGUUUUCAAGAUCUGGUAGGGGAAAAUAAAAUAGGAAGGGGCGCGUGUCUAUCUUGUCUCUGUUGGCCAAUCUAAUGUAACACAUUUCACUGACGCAGGCUGUCAUGUUUUCUCGGCUGUCAUGUUUUCUCAGCUGUACAAAAUAGAUAGAAUGUAAUAUUCAGGUUAUCUUUAGGAAAGUUUCUACCUUAGAAUCUGUUGGUGCAGUUGAAGCUUAUACUGUCAAAAGUCAAGGGGCUUGUUUUGUAAGGUAUGGUAAAAUGUAAUCAUGAAAGAGAAACUUAGUUUCGCCGUUUCGGAACAUUGUGGAUGGAACCAUAUUUUUUUUCUGCCAUGUAGAAGAUUUUAUUUUGCCUUUA